AGACAGCACUUGAAGACUGAUAUGGCCAAUGUGUCUCUUCACCCCACAGACAAGCAGAAGACCACUAUGCAGACCCGUGUUACUGCCCUUCAACGUCGGCUGGAUGCUUGGGCUCAUGUCCAGGAGUUAUAUAUGCCCAUCAUGUCUCAGUUUCAUCAACAAUCUUCAGAAGCUGGUGUGACGAAUACGAUGCUGCUCAAGCCUGAGAGCUUUAAGCUGUGGUUCCUAUCUGAGCUCCAACCAACAGUAUCAUGUGACAAGAAGCUGGCUGCACACAAAUGGGACCUAUGUCGGAAAUUUCCUAGAAGCAUUGCAAUGAUGUGA